GUGAUCGUGAAGCCCAUGCAGUCCCUGGUGCAGCGACCCCGGAUCUGGUUGAAGAUCACCAUCGCCUGGACCUUGAGCCUGAUCUUUCCCCUGCCGCAGCUCUUCAUCUUCGUCCACCCUCGGAGGAUCUGCGGCAGCCGCGGCUACACGGCACCCUGGCAGCGCAAAGUCUACUUUACCUACACCACCAUCUACAUCCUGGUUAUUCCUAUGCUGAUCAUGCUCUACUGCUACACCAAGAUCAUCCGCGUCGUCUGGGUCAGGGCCGAGCACGAGACUCGAAGACGGUCUUCUUGUCUCAUGCCCAGACCCACGGAGACGGCUCAUAGAACACGGAUGGCAGACAGGACGUCGGAUACUUCUAGAGAAAUGUGUCCCAGUAAUGAGAACAGUGAUACGGGAUGUGGUUGUGAUAGAGUGGUGAAGACAUCUUGUUCCAGACCUUCUAAAACGGUUAGAUGGUCGCGAAAGGUAAUGGAAAGCCACCGCAUGAUUGAAUGCGCUUCCGAGCAGAAGGGCAAUACUCGGGAGGAUUUGAACGCCAGUUCUCCACGGAUGAGUAUUCGUCGCGGCCUCAUAACGGCCUCCAAACGGCGUGCGUUGGUGAUGACGCUGACGGUAGUGAUUAGCUUCCUGGUGUGUCACACGCCUUAUUUCCUGCUGACCCUUGUCCGCAUCUACAGCGACUACCAGCUCAAGCUGGAGCGGGCCAUGUUUCUCAGUGAAGUUCUCGUCAUGGUGCACAGCACUCUAAACCCUCUUCUCUACGGCCUCUUCACCCUCAGACAGUAUCACCUGAAGCACAUCAUGUCUCUACUCACCUGUUCCACUCACCCCACUCACCAGCAGCACACACAACAUCUCAGACAGUACUCACACGACAGGACUAAACUACUGUCCAAUGUCCGGUCUAAACUCAGCAGCAUCAACAGCAGCGGCGCUACAACCACCACAACUUUCGUCAGUAACCGUAAAAGUACGCAUACUGACCCUCUGCUCCGUCAUAACAAACCUGGAAGAACUAAACAUCUGUCCACAGACGAUUCGUCCAGGACUUCGCUGUCCUCAACAAAGUGUCCACUGUCUACAGCCCAGUGUACAGACCAGAUGAAGCCGUGCUGUCAAACAUUAGACUGGGAUGUAUGUUCGGACAAGGGUACCAAAUGCCUUACUGACAAGCAACUGACCUUACUGCAGAAUACGCACUGGUCAGAUGUGGGGCCUUUAGUGGUCAGGCCCCCAGACAGGUUGCCUCCACAUUCUUGCAUCAAUCUUUCAGCAGUGCUGCAAUCUAACGGCACCUUACAGCCUUCAGGCGCCAGUUGUCUACCUAGCAGCCAUCGGAGCGGUUACUGUCCAAGGGACGUCAGCGUGAGUUGUCAAAACAUCGGCGACAAUGUUUUACCAAAUAUGAACCCGGUCACUCGGCCAAACAAGAUGGAGGAAACCACGGUGGAAGGUUUCAACAGAGACUGA